CGCAUGCGCAUUUGCAGCAGCAUCAGCACCAGAGCAACAGAACAUCGCGAUGCUCCAGCCUUUUCUUGUGUUUACCAUCGUUUCGAUAAUGAAAACCUUUAGGUGAUCCUCACGCAUGCACACGGAUGCUUUUACCACCGUACCGUGCACGUAAAAGGAUACGCAGAUGUUAUACAAAGAGCUCUGACGGGAGUCGACGUCUCAGUAACGGUUAGGGCCUCAUCGGAGCACGUAGCGUCGUUUACAUCGAGAUUGACCAGGGCUCUCGUUUGAAUUUUCGGUGAUUUCGGUGGUUUCAUGUGUAUAAAGGUGUAAGGCUCUGCUCAGUGGGAUGCACAUCAGUGCUUUGCCGUACUCUCUCUCCGUUAUAAUGGCUGCUCUAUAUCAGGGCACGGACUCGUCUUCUCCGGAUAAAUAUCUGGCGUUAAAGGACGUCAGAGAGGUGAAGGAGGAGACCACUCUGGACGAGAAGCUCUUUCUGCUGGCCUGCGAGAAGGGAGACUACUACAUGGUGAAGAAGCUUCUGGAGGAGAAACGACACGGUGAACUAAACAUUAACUGCGUGGACGUGCUCGGGAGAGAUGCUGUCACCAUUUCAAUUGAAAAUGAGAAUCUAGACAUAUUGCAGUUGCUCUUGGAUCAUGGCUGCCAGGCCACAGAUGCAUUAUUAGUGGCUAUUGAUUCAGAAGUGGUAGGAGCAGUUGACAUCCUCCUAAACCAUCGGCCCAGGCGUUCCUCCAAGCCUUCUAUUGCGAAAUUGAUGCAACGCAUUCAAAACCCAGAGUAUUCCACCACCAUGGAUGUCGCUCCAGUCAUUCUUGCUGCCCACCGGAACAAUUACGAGAUUUUGACCAUGCUAUUAAAGCAAGACAUCUCUCUGCCUCGACCCCAUGCUGUAGGAUGCGAGUGCACUCUCUGUAAUGCCAAGAACAAGAAGGACAGUCUUCGUCACUCAAGGUUCCGUCUUGAUAUUUAUCGGUGCCUUUCCAGCCCGUCCUUGAUUAUGCUUACAGAAGAAGACCCCAUUCUAAGAGCAUUCGAGCUCAGCGCUGAUCUGAAAGAGCUGAGCCUGGUGGAAGUGGAGUUUCGGAACGAUUAUGAAGAACUUGCCAAGCAAUGCAAGAUGUUUGCCAAGGACCUGCUGGCUCAGGCCCGCAACUCGCGUGAGCUGGAGGUCAUACUGAACCACACGUCUAGUGAGGACCACGUGGACAAGAGAGGCCUCCUAGAGGAACGCAUGAACCUCAGUCGCCUCAAACUGGCCAUAAAAUACAACCAAAAGGAGUUCGUGGCCCAGUCCAACUGUCAGCAGUUCCUGAACACGGUGUGGUUUGGGGAGAUGGCGAGCUACCGCCGCAAACACACAUGCUUGAAGAUCCUGUCUGUUUUGAGCGUGGCGCUGAUGUGGCCUCUGCUGUCCAUCUGUUACCUGCUGGGACCCCGUUCUCGAGUGGGCCAGGUCAUCCACACACCUUUUAUCAAGUUCAUCAUACACAGUGCCUCCUACUUCACCUUCCUGCUCCUCCUAAACCUCUACUCACUGGUCUACAACGGGGAUAAGAAGAACACCAUGGGUCCCCCUUUGCAGUUGAUAGAUUACCUUCUCAUCCUCUGGAUCAUAGGCAUGGUGUGGUCUGAUGUGAAGCGUCUGUGGUAUGAAGGGUUGGAGGACUUCCUGGAAGAGUCACGGAACCAGCUGAGUUUUGUCAUGAACUCGCUUUAUUUGGCCACUUUUGCCCUAAAAGUGGUGGCUCACAGCAUGUUCAAGAACGUUAAGGAAGAGCCGUCAGUAUACAGAAAAAACUGGGAUGCAUUCCACCCCCUCUUGGUUGCCGAAGGCCUUUUUGCGUUCGCCAAUGUUCUGAGCUAUCUCCGUCUGUUCUUCAUGUACACCACCAGCUCCAUCUUGGGGCCUUUACAGAUCUCCAUGGGCCAGAUGCUACAAGAGUUCGGGAAGUUUCUUGGCUUAUUCCUGCUUGUACUCAUCUCUUUCACCAUUGGCCUGACACAACUAUAUGGAAAAGACAAGGACCUAUCUAGCUCCAAAAAUACAACCAACGACUGUGAGGGCAUCUACUGUCGAGAGCAGAGCAUCGACACCUUUCACACGUUCAUGGGGACAUGUUACGCCCUCUUCUGGUACAUUUUUUCCCUGGCGCAUGUGGCUCUGUUUGUUACAAGGAUCAGCUACACGGAGGAGCUGCGGUCAUUUGUUGGUGCUCUUAUCGUCGGUACCUACAACAUUGUUGUAGUCAUUGUUCUCACAAAACUCCUGGUGGCCAUGCUGCAUAAGAGCUUCAGACAGAUUGCCAAUCACGAAGAUAAGGAGUGGAAGUUUGCCCGGGCCAAGCUGUGGCUCAGCUACUUCGAUGACAAGUGCACAUUGCCUCCACCUUUUAACAUCCUCCCUUCUCCCAAGACCGUGUGUUACCUGGUCAUCAGUCUGAGCAAAUGGAUCUGUUCCCACACUUCAACUGGAAAGGUCAAGAGACAGAAUAGCCUCAAGGAAUGGAGGAACCUCAAACAGAAAAGAGAUGAGAACUAUCAGAAGAUUAUGUGCUGUCUCGUUCACCGUUACCUGACCUCCACAAGGCAGAAGAUGCAGAGCACGGACCAAGCCACAGUAGAGAACCUCAAUGAUCUGCGCCAAGACCUCUCCAAGUUCCGCAAUGAAAUGAGGGACCUUUUGGGUUUCCGCACCUCCAAAUACGCCAUGUUUUACCCCCGAAGCUAAGCCAUGUGCAUUUAAUAAAAGCGACCCAGCAUGCUUAACACCACUCUUCUUCUUUUUCUUUGGAAGACGAAAAAAGUCCUGGGACUGUACUGGAAUAGUAUUAAGCUCUGUUUAUUCUACACCAAAGCCUGCGGAAUCAUAACUUAUGUAAUAUUCUUGCAUCCCACUUGUUUUUCUAAAGUGUCAUUCUUUUCAAAUAAAUAACAUUUAUUAUGAAGAAAUGUUUUAUAUUGAACUUGCAUAAGUUCUUAGUAACUUGCAGUAUUUGAUUAUGUAUUUUAAGACUAAUUCACAUUCAUGUAUUGUAAAGUAACAGUCUUUAACCCUGCAACAUUUAUUUCCUUUUAUUAACCUGUGAUCAUGAAGAUUCUGAGUGACUGGUUCAGGUGUGUUUGAUUAGGUUUAGACCUUAACUCCACAGGAUGGACCCACCGGAGCACAGGAGCGGGGUUGAAAACGUCUAAGAAUAUUUAAUGUGUUGUUUUUUGUGGCAUUUUGAUGCUGAAAAGAAACUCUUAAAAAUAAACCUGAAAAUACUUAUAGAA